AUGGCGACUUCAAGGCCCGACAACCUUAAGGCCCACUGGAAAUGUAUCACAGCUUGUACCUUGAUUAGCAUGUGUCCAUUCCAAUAUGGGGUUGACUUUGGUAUUAUCGGUGGUCUCCAGGCCAUGCCUGGGUUUUUGAAUGUCUUUGGAGAAAAAGAUCCGACCUCGCCUAUUGGAUACAACAUCAGCCAUACACGCCAGCAGCUGAUCUCCUCUCUCAUGAUUCUCGGUGCCUUCAUCAGCUCUUCCUUUGCCGGCCCCAUUGCGAAGUUCAUCGGCCGAAAGAUGUCCAUCUGGGCUGCAGCGCUGCUUUGUGUUGUGGCAAAUGUUAUUAUGAUGACCACCACGAGCAUUGGAGCUCUGUAUUUUGCGCGUUUCUUGAUCGGUAUCGCAAACGGCAUGCUCAUGACAUUUUCGCAGCUCUAUCUUCAAGAGUGUUCGCCUGCGAAAUAUCGAGGUCUUGUCAUUGGGCUUUUCCAGUCAUGGACAUCGAUCGGUAGUUUGGUCGGUACCAUUAUCGACAAUUUCACAGUCAAGCUUGCAGGCAGACAACAAUACAUUGUUUCCCUGGGCAUCAUCUACAUCGUCCCAGGUUUUCUGUCGCUUGGGAUGCUCUUUGUCCCUGAAAGCCCGCGAUGGUUCCUUCUCCAGAACCAGACCGAGAAAGCUCGCAAGGCUCUCCACUGGCUCCGACCUUACCCCGAUACGGUUGAGGACGAGAUCAAGGAGAUCCAAGAUGCCAUCGGAGCCGAGCGAGCCUUGGCUAAGAGCGCCGACAUACUGGAUAUGUUCCGCAAUCCUGUCGAUCGGCGACGCACCCUUCUGUCGAUUGGUGCUGUUUCUCUCCAGGCGGCUUCUGGCGCCAUGUAUAUGAUUUCGUACGGCACAUACUUCUUCGAAAUGGCCCAUGUUGGUUCAGCAUUUGAAAACUCGUGCAUCCUUGUUGCAGUCGGCGUGGCCGCCAUCUUGAUCAAUAGCGCCAUCAUCACGAAGUGGGGUCGGAGGCGAGUAUUCCUGACGAUCGGUAUGAUUCUCUGUGGUAUCACGCAACUCAUCGUGGCCGUUGUAUACGACAAACAAGGCCCCAGCACUUCAACGGGACGGGUUAUUGUCGGCGUCUCGGUCGUGUACAUUGUCGGCUACAACGGCAUGGUGGCGACCUACGCAUGGCUUUGCGGUGGCGAGUUCCCGUCGCAGCGUCUUCGGAGCUACACAUUUGGUCUGGCAGCCUCAAUUGGCUUUUUUGGGGCCUGGCUUGCCACCUUCACCGCCCCAUAUUUCAUCAACCCCGAUUCCCUUAACUGGGGCCCGAAGUACGGAUACAUUUGGACGCCGUCUUGCUUGAUUGGUGCGCUGUGGACGUACUUUUAUCUCCCUGAGGUGAAGAACAGGACGUUUGAGGAAAUCGACGAAAUGUUCGAGGCACGCCUUCCCGCCCGCAAGUUCCGCACGUACAAGUGUGUGGGAUCUGUGGCCGCUGUGGCCAUGGCCGCAAAGGAGGACGGAAGCAGUGGAAGUGAGAAGGAUCACGUUGAAGUCAGGCAUGAGGAGGUCAUUUUCGGCAACGAGAAGGUUGCCACCGAGACUGCUGUUGCUAUCGGUUGA